GGACACAUACAUCUUGCUGGAAUAGUACGCACCACGUGAGCAAAGAUUAUCCACUUUUGCGGUAAUUUGUGGCUGCUGAUGCGCAUGCUGUAUCGCGCAAGAUGGCCGCCAACUCGCGAUCGCUGAUUGGCGAUGGCGGAGCGGGUUAUUUGACCGGCGGUUGGUGGUUCCAGCACUGCCUGGUGCGAGUAAUUUUGAUCGUGAUUAUACUAAUUUCAUAGUAUGCCCCUUCUCGGUGGCUUAAGCAUUGGGUGAGUUCACACGAGCAGCAGUACAGGGCAAGAGUUGCCGUGCUAGCGAAAUCGAACAUCAUUUGUAAGAUUCCUUUCGACGUGUGUCAAAGUGAUUUUGUGUUUUCGAAUCUACGCCAGGCUAUGGAUAACAGUUCGCAGAAAAUUUCAUGCUGGAUUCCAGAAGAACGGUUCAUUAUUAUAAGCCAGGAGGCGUAAUUGUUUCCAAGGAACCGUCAUGGCGAAGACCUUGCCUGGGAACGUCGAAGUGUUGGCAACCUUCUACAGGACGUUCCAUCGAUAGCGCCGCUAGUCACGACCAUUCUACGUCUACCGAUUCUAAUACUCCUUUCGAUGCGGUGGUACCGCGAACUUUCAGAUUUCCACCGACGGUUCUGUCGGCGUGCCAUGGUAUACAAAGAUGGUGUAUGAAUAAACUUGCGGAUACGUGUACCGUAGCGAGCGUGUGUCGGUGUAGAUCGAGAUUAGAUAAAUUACAAUUCGCCGCUGGCUUGAUAGUCUGCGGUAAAAUAUAGAAUUGAAAAUUAGAAGUAGCAUUUUUUCCUUUUCGUGCGCGCAUGAAAAUCGCGUGCACGCGCGCCUACGGUUACUCAGUUUCAUAAGAUCACCGUUAGAACUUGCCUGAUAUUGUUCCUUCUGUUUCAGGUGUUCGUCAUUCGCGAGCUCAUGACGCCUUCUUGAUGCCGUUCUUCAAGAUCUGACGACGAACCAAGGGGAAAUGAUAGCCGUAUUAAUUCGAUGUUUUUGAAUUUAUCUAAUA